CCCCAACUAUAUUUACUUUCCCCUUGAAACGUUGUGUGUGUACACUUUGCUGCUGACAUUCAUACACUGGCAUACCCUGUACACCGUAGUCCACUUCCUGCACAAGCGUCGCUUCAGAGGGAUAACCUGAAGGGCGCCGUGCAAGAACGGCGACAUGUCGUUUACUUCGCGCUACUCCUCGUCUCCUGCUUCCGUCCAGCGUGACUACGGGCUGCUGCAAGCUCCCUCAACCUCUUAUCGUCCAUUCCAAGGCUUAGAGGAUGAUGUGUCCGAGGUUGACGCAGAAGAAGGGGAAGGCGAUGUUGACGACGCCGACGAUGUACUCGAAGCUGGAUCUCGCCGAAUCUCUAGAUCACAAAGGCAAGGACGUGGCGCGCGGCAAGCGCGACAACGAUACAGCAGCGCGUCUCUCUCACAGUGCAGCGUUGCAGGCAAUGAAGAGUCGCUCUCGAUAAAUGGUGCAGAUGAACUCGACGAUAGCAACGCUGCCGACGAAGAUGGAAUAUCAAAUAUCUCAUUCGCUUCGCCGAAUCCAGCAGCCAAUGCCCCCGGCAGCCGCCUCCGCCGACAUUCUCCUGCUCAACGUGUGGGAUCUAUGCAGCAACAGCGCAAGUCAUCCAGGUCGAAUCUUACACAGAGCACGGCGAAUGGGACCACGGAAGACGGGUCUGCACUGGCAGUAGAUUCUGAUGCUCGAAGUCUGGCGAAUCGUGCGCGUGGCAUCCUUUUAGGCGGUGAAGCGCGUCCUCCGCCGAUUGACAUCCUCCAAGUGGAGGAGCAGGCGCUUGGACAAGAUGCCAGUGACCUCAUAUCGCCAGGAGUGCGGCCACUCUCCUCCAUCUCUAUAUCUAGUGGAUCCCCGACGCCUGUGUCCCCGCGCUUUGGCUUCACUAGCUCGGGUUCUUUGACGCCUGCGCUGGCUCCCCUCUGCGCGGCCGCAGCCGUAGGGGCUCCCACUGGGCCUGGUCAGCCUCUUCUCUCGCCCACCUGUGCACUUUGGCAGGCUCCGCUGCCCGCACGCGAGGACGUGGCGAAAUGCAUCGAAGAGCUCAGUGUGGACGGCGCCGCAAGCGAGCUGGAUCUCGAGGCUGCGACUGAAGCUGGCUCACAGGCUUACGCGUCAGGCACGGCAGUUACCGAGCGCACGCCUUUGCUCGCAGCCUCCAGCGGUCCUUCGAGCAGCACGCACCACGGCGGAGAAUCAAUCCAACCGCUUCCGGGCAUCACCGAUGCGAUCCCCGGUACGACUGCUGCACCCACUGCCGCUUCGCGUACUCGCGAAGUGAAGGUACUUGUGGGAUACAGUCUACCCGUUUGGGGCACGCAUCUGCUGGAACUCUCGCUCAAUAUCGUUACCGUAUUCAGCCUAGGCCAUCUCGGCACAAAGGAGUUAGCUGCCGCUAGUCUUGCGAGCAUGACCGCAAAUGUCACCGGCUUUUCCAUCCUUUCUGGCUUUGUCUCUGCACUCGAUUCACUGCUGCCCGCUGCAUACGCCAGCGCGAGCCCAUGGACUGUUGGCUUGUGGACGCAGCGCAUGACGAUCAUCACCGCCUCACUUCUCAUCCCGAUCAGCGCUGUAUGGUGGGCUGCCGAGCCCCUCUUACUUGCAUUAGGGCAGGAUGCUCAAGUUGCGGCGCUGGCGGCCAAGUACCUCUUCAUUCUGUCCUUCGCACUGCCCGCCUAUGCCGGGUUCGAGACGUCGCGCCGCUACCUGCAAGCACAGGGAUUGUUCACCGCGCCGACGAUCGCGGUCUCCAUCGCGAGCGUGAUCAAUGUACCGCUCAACAUCCUCCUCGUCUACGGUCCGCCGUCGGUCUGCCUGGGCUUCGUCGGAGCGCCUAUCGCCUCGCUGAUCUCGUAUUACCUGAUGCUCGUGCUCGGCCUGCUGCAGUGCUACAUUGCGCCACGACAGGCAUGGGGCGGCUGGUCCUGGCGUGCACUCGAUUUCAAAGGGCUGGCCGUGUGCUGGCAGCUGGGCUUCGCGUCGACUACGGCCAUGGCGGCUGAGUGGUGGGCGUGGGAGAUCACCGGGCUGCUCACCUCAUGGCUUGGGACUACGCCGCUGGCGGCACAGUCUGUGCUGCUCGUCACGAGCAGCAUCACGUACCAGCUGCCGUACGCGAUAGCCGUCGCUGGAGCUGUGCGCGUCGGCAACCUGCUCGGCGCGAACAAGCCCGCGUAUGCGCGGCUCAGCAGUUCCACCUCGCUCUUCAUUGGGCUUGCGAGCGGCGUGGCGAACAGUGCAGCGCUCGUCAGCCUGCGAGGCAGCUGGGGAUGGCUCUUCAGUGGAGACAAGGAGGUGGUAGAUCUUGUCGCGGACAUUUUGCCGUUCGUGGCUGCUUUCCAGAUCUUUGAUAGCAUCUGCGGUGUCGGAGGUGGCAUCCUGCGUGGUAGCGGCCGGCAACACUUGGGCGCAUACAUCAACCUGGUCAGCUACUACCUCGCCGGGAUUCCGGUGUCGAUCCUCCUCCUUAAGCUUGACUGGAGACUGGAAGGCAUCUGGUUUGGCUUGACGGUCGGCCUCGUACUGGGGAGCAUCGGCACCACAUGGGUCAUCAUGCGUACGGACUGGCACGCCGAGGCGCGCAAGGUACAGGAGAGGAUGGAGGCAGAUACCGCACCGCAGGUUCAUGCGAUCGUAGAGGGUAUUCCUGCAUGAGUUUCAGCGAAGAGAACUGUACACGAGAGCAUCUCCAUCUGCUUCCUGACAAGGCAUCUGCAAAUACUGGCCCAGCACAAAACGCCACGAUCACGAAGAUCAUGAUCGGGUACCACAUAGCAUGCCUUGUAAGAUUAGCAUAUUCGUAUAUAUGGAUAUACCUGUUGCCGG